CUUCAAUGUCAUUUGACAACCACGAAGUAGUUCGACAAGUUCUUAAAAAAAACGACUAACACACUCCAGCAAGUUCAUUAUGAGGCAUUUUGAAUACUUUCUCCUGCUGAAACCUUCUGUACAGUAACAAGAUGAGACUGCUCUGCACGGUCAGCGCAGUGCACUCAGCAUCUUCAAGACGGGCAUCUUCAGCCCCUGCAGGGAUGUUUGUCCCUGCCUGCAGCUCCUUAGACUCACAUUCCCUGCAGCUGCUCCAGGACUUCGUCUCCCGCACCUCACGCCUGUUUGCCAUCAGCGGCGCCGGUCUCUCCACGGAGUCCGGCAUCCCAGAUUACCGCUCGGAAGGCGUGGGCCUGUACGCCCGGACUGACCGGCGGCCGAUGCAACAUGCGGAGUUCGUCCGCAGCGCUUCGUCCCGUCAGCGCUACUGGGCGAGGAACUUCCUGGGGUGGCCGCAGUUCUCUUCCCAUCAGCCGAACAGGGCGCACAAGGCUCUGCGGCACUGGGAGGAGCAGGGGAAACUGCACUGGUUGGUCACCCAGAAUGUGGACGCUCUUCAUUCAAAGGCAGGCCAGGAAAGGCUCACUGAGCUCCACGGAUGUGCCCACAGGGUGGUGUGUUUGGGCUGUGGCGACAUCUCGGCCAGAGAGGAGCUCCAGAGACGAUUCAUAGCGCUGAACCCGGACUGGAGGGCUCAAGCCGGGGCAGCUGCUCCAGACGGGGACGUCUUCCUGGAGGACGAGCAGGCGCUACAAUUCAGAGUUCCACCCUGCGAGGUCUGUGGAGGGAUACUGAAGCCUGAGGUGACCUUCUUUGGCGACGCGGUGAACAAAGCCACAGUGCAGUUUGUACACGACAAAUUAGCCGAGUCGGAUGCGGUGCUCGUAAUCGGGUCGUCACUACAAGUCUACUCGGGAUACAGAUUUUUACUCGCAGCCAGUGAUAAGAAAAUGCCGGUUGCCAUCGUGAACAUCGGGCCCACCAGAGCAGACCACUUGGCCGAGAUGAAGGUGAGAGGACGCUGUGGGGAAGUGCUGUCGACCAUUCGACCUCUCUGAUGGUAAUGGACAUGAAACAUGGACACACUGUCUUCAAGCGCUAAACUACCUCAUCUACAACACCAGCAUGCAGCAUUAGCUACACCUGCAUCAUAUAGUAGGGGGGUCCAAACUUUUUCAAGGGAGAGCCACACACUAGAGGUGGGUAGAAAAGUAGUACAAACUAAAUACAAAAAAUUGUACUCCAUCCGGGCAGCACGGUGGGCCAGGGGUUAGUGCAUGUGCCUCACAAUACGAAAGUCCUGAGUAGUCCUGGAUUCAAUCCCGGACUCGGGAUCUUUCUGUGUGGAGUUUGCAUGUUCUCCCCGUGACUGCGUGGGUUCCCUCCGGGUACUCCGCCUUCCUCCCACCUCCAAAGACAUGCACCUGUGCAUAGGUUGAUUGGCAACACUAAAUUGGCCCUAGUGUGUGAAUGUGAGUGUGAAUGUUGUCUGUCUGUCUGUGUUGGCCCUGUGAGGAGGUGGCGACUUGUCCAGGGUGUACACCGCCUUCCGCCCGAAUGCAACUGAGAUAGGCUCCAGCAUCCCCCACGACCCCAAAGGGGACAAGCGGUAGAAAAUGGAUGGAAGGAUGGAUGUACUCCAUCCAUACAUCCAUUUUCUACCGCUUGUCCCUUUCAAUACUUAUGUAAGAAUAUAAUUACUGUAGAGGAUAGGUGUUAAUGUGGUCAUUUAAAGGGGUCUGCUACAUUAUUGUAUGUGGUCCACCACAUUAUUUAGAAACAUGGCCAGUAUGCAUAGUAUGCCUGUAUAAAGAUCAUACGUCAAGUUUUAAAUAAAUGAUAAAUGGGU